GAGAUGGGGAAUUAUUCAGCUGUGACCGAAUUCUUUCUGGUGGGACUUUCCCAGUACCCAGAGGUCCAGUUUUUUCUGUUUGCACUCUGCCUCAUUAUGUACGUGAUAAUCCUCCUGGGAAAUAGCCUCCUCCUCAUCAUCAGCAUCCUAGAUUCUCGCCUCCACACCCCUAUGUACUUCUUUCUUGGGAAUCUCUCACUCUUGGACAUCUGUUAUACAUCAUCGUCCAUUCCUCCAAUGCUCAUCAUAUUUCAAUCUGGGAGAAAAUCCAUCUCCUUCAUGGGCUGUGCCCUGCAGAUGGUUGUCUCCCUUGGGUUGGGCUCCACUGAGUGUGUCCUCCUGGCUGUGAUGGCCUAUGAUCGGUACGUGACCAUCUGCAACCCAGUGAGAUACCCCAUCAUCAUGAACAGGGUGCUAUAUGUGCACAUGGCUACAUGGUCUUGGAUCAUAGGCUGUCUGAACUCCUUAGUGCAAACAGUUCUGACAAUGGUGUUGCCUUUCUGUGGGAAUAAUGUCAUAGACCAUCUUACCUGUGAGAUCUUGGCUCUUCUUAAACUCAUAUGUUCAGAUAUCUCCAUGAAUGUGCUUAUCAUGACAGUGGCAAGUAUUGUUUUAUUGGUGAUUCCUCUGUUGUUAAUUUUCAUCUCAUAUGUUUUCAUUCUCUCUUCCAUCAUGAGAAUUAAUUCUGUUGAAGGGAGAAAAAAAGCCUUUUCUACCUGUUCAGCCCACCUGACUGUGGUCAUCUUAUUCUAUGGUUCAGCCCUUUUUAUGUACAUGAAGCCCAACUCAAAGGACACAAAAGCAUCUGACGAAAUCACUGGGCUGUCUUAUGGAGUGGUAACCCCGAUGUUGAACCCCAUCAUCUAUAGCCUGAGGAAUAAAGAGGUGAAAGAAGCUGUGAAGAAAGUCAUGAGUAGACACUUGCAUCUAUGA